AUGUCAAGAACGAUUAGGUUAGAUGCAGAGUCAAAUGCAACUUUAAGGGACUUGAUAUUUUCUACAGCUAAAGCAACUUAUGUGGAAGAGUGGAAUAGAAAGAUGAAUCAUUUGAAAGAGGUCAAUAGAGAGUGUUAUGACAAGUUGGCAGCCUUGGACCCUAAGAUGGAGAGGUUUGUUGAGAAGAAGAAAAAAGCAGCUAAGUUCAUAGGAAAAAUACUGCCAAAGUCUAGAAAGAAGUUGGAUAUCAUAUGUAGAAGGUCUAUGGAAUGGCAAGCUAGGUGGGCUAGAGAUUUAAAGUAUGAGGGUAGUGCCCCUACUUCUGCUGAAACUUCCACUGCUCCUUCUGCCACUGUUAGCCAAAGAGGAAGGGGAAGGGGACGUGGCAGAGGGGGAUCCAGAUGUGGAAAGGCUAGAUCUGCUACUCCUGCUGUUUCUCAGCCAGCUCCAACACUGCCUCCGCCAGCUCCACCACUGCCUGCACCAGCUCCAACAAGUUCCACAGCUCCACCCCUACCUCCACCAGCUACUCCACCACUACCUGCACCAGCUCCAACAAGGUCCACAGCUCCACCACUGCCUAGGACAAAAAAUUUUGGUGUAAGGCGCAGUGGAAGACUUAAGAUAGGUGUGAAGAAGGCAAAAGCUGGACCAAGUGAAACCAUUGACCUCACAGCAUAUUAG